AUGGAAGAUGGUGGAAUUGGAGCCAUGUUAGCACAAGCUGAUGAAGUAGGUAUUGAGAAGGCAGUGUAUUACUUGAGUAAAAAGCUCCUUCCAAAUGAACGGAAAUAUAACUUGAUUGAAAGAACUUACUUAGCAAUGUGGGAGAUCGAUUUUCCUGAUGAACAUUUGAGUUUGAUAGAAAAGAAAGGAUGGAAACUCUACUUUGAUGGUUCAACUCAUAGUGAAGGAGCCGAAGUAGGCAUUUUGUUAGAAUCCCCACAAGGAGAAGUUAUCCCGAUGUUGAAGAGGUUACAAUUUGCAGUCACGAAUAACAUGGCAGAAUAUAAAGCCUGCCUGUUUGAGUUAGAUGCUUUGAUUACAGUUAAAGCUGAAGAAAUUGAGGUUGUUGGUGAUUCGAAAUUGGUAAUCGAGCAUGCUAAUGGCAACUGGGAAGUUAAAGAGGACAGGCUGAAUCCUUACAUUGACCAUCUAUGCAUUGUUGUUCAAAACUUCAAAAAGGCAACCUUCACAAAUACAAGCAGAGUGAACAAUCGAGUACCAGAUACCUUGGCUAGCUUAGCAUUAGCUUGGGAAGAGAUUUCGGUAAUGUCUAAGAAACCAUUUAUGAUGACUUCGGGUAGCAUCCCUUGUUAUGAAGGCAAAAAGAGUAUUGAUAUUGAGGAAGAAGAGAAGCUAUGGUUUUAUGAUGUCCUGCAUUGGAUGACUAAAAGGAUAUACCCAGAUUCAGCUACUAGAGAUGACAGAAGAGCUAUACAACUUUUGGAAUUACAAUUUACAGUCUGA